AUGGCACAGGAAGUACCAUCACUAAGCCCUCAGUGUAAGUUCUUUGUAGUAAGAAAGAAGCGAUUUUGUCGUAUGACAGUGCGCCCUGGAUGGAAUUACUGUGGAGAGCACCAACCUCAGAUAGGCACAAAAGAUGGGAAGGAUGAAAAGCGAAUACCUUGUCCAAACGACAAUAAACAUACAUGCUAUGCAAACAAGCUACAAAAGCACCUCACCAUAUGUAAUGCUCGUCAGCAAGAGGUGCCACCUUAUAUCAAAUACAAUGUUAAUGCUCCGGUUGAAACUAGCCCCUUAAAACAACCACUUUCAGAAAUACCAUCCACUCAGAUUGAGCAGAUUAUAAAUAAAGUUAAUCUGCUAUUUGACACAUAUCUUAAAGAUAAAAUAGACACUAUGCCUGAUAGAGAAAUUCAUCCAGCUGUAAUGGAUGAAUUUCUAACAGAAGGAAGAACAGAGAGUUCUUUACGUCACUUGAGACAGGCAUCAAAGUUAAUGCAUAUAAUGGAAGAUGAGGGCUUAGUCAAAGACCAUACCUGUUAUGUUGAACUUGGAGCUGGAAAAGGCCAUCUAUCAUAUUUUGCAUGGCAUGCUUGGUGUCCGGCCGCAAGUGGCAGUUCCAUUUUGUUGGUAGAGAGAGCUUCUCUCAGACACAAGAGAGACAACAAGAUCCGGAACUUGAGUGACAAUUCAAAUAAAGUAGAAAACAGUGUCCACAAAUUGAGUUCUGAAUUAUCUAAUAAAAAGGAAAUGGGCUCAUUUAAAAAUAUUAACAAUUAUAGUAAUAAGGAUGAUGAUUGUAAAACAAAAUCAUUACAGCCAGCUAAUAUCAACGAAGGAUCCUUCAGGUUAAGAGCAGAUUUAGCUCACUUGAUAUUAGAUCUCGUUCCAGCCGUGCAGAAAAGUGAAAGUAUUGUAGGCUUUGCUAAACAUUUAUGUGGAGUAGCUACGGAUUUCUCGUUGCGCUGUCUCGCAUCGGCCAAUACGCUUCCGAAAACUCGUGGCAUGCUCAUAGCUACUUGCUGCCACCACCGCUGCAGCUCAAAUGGAUAUGUGGCUCACAAACAUCUGAUGGAACUGGGAAUAGACAAAAGAGAGUUUAACAUAAUGCUCGGAAUCGUCUCGUGGGCCACUUGCGGGGACGGGCGCAGCCGGGACAAAAGAGACUCCGGCCAGAGAGACCUCUCUCGGCAGCGGAGGGAAGAAGUCGGGCGUCGAGCCAAGGCCAUCCUCGACUGGGGCAGGGUGCUCUACCUCAAAGAGUGCGGUUUCGACGCUCGACUGACAUACUUUAUCCCCGACUCGGUCUCACUAGAAAACCUUUGUAUAGUAGCUAAAAAGAAUUGA